AUGGUAUUAUCGACUUUACCUUAUGAAUACGAUUGCUUGGCUGCAUUAAAACAGGUAUUACCUGAAGCAAGUUAUAUUGAAGUUAAUCCUCUCCCGGUGGAUGUGGGAAUGCAAAUUAUUGAUGACUGGUUAUCAUCUGCAUCACGUACAGUUAGUCAACAACAGCGAGAAAUUAUGACUGUCGCAGCUAAACAAUGUAGUUUACCGUUAUACCUCAAACUAGUAUUUGAUCAAGCUCGGCGUUGGUAUUCCUAUCACACUAUAACAUCAGCAGAUCUACCUGUUACUAUACCAACAGUUAUAUCGCUAUUAUUUGAUAAGUUAGAAAGACAGCAUGGUAAAAUGUUAGUUUCGCGUGCACUAUCUUAUAUUACUGCAUCGCCAUCAGGUGUAGCUGAAUCAGAGUUGGAAGAUUUACUGUCAUGCGAUGAUGUUGUCCUCCAAGACGUUUAUCAAUACUGGCUACCACCUGUUCGUCGUAUACCUCCAUUACUUUGGACAAGGAUUCGAAGUGAAAUUGAUGAAUAUCUUGUUGAACGUGAAACUGAUAAUAAUCGCGUUAUAUACUGGUAUCAUCGGCAGUUUAUUGAAGUUGCUCGUGCACGUUACCUCCAUAAUGAAGGUGUGGUGCGAGAAAUUCAUAGCUUAUGUGCUGAUUACUAUCUUGGAACAUGGGCUAAUCAAGAGAAACCUUUUAAAUAUACUGAUAAACAA